AUGAACGACCAAGCGACUUUGCUGAAAUGGGCACAGCAGCUUCCAGCCUCCCCUCAUGGCAAAGAGGCUUGCGCGAAGCUCCUGGAGGCGCUCUCACAGCAGCGACUGGCACUACCUGCCAUACAUCAGGCGGGCCUCCUGCAGCCGUUGUGUGCCGCGCUGCGCAGUAAGGAUGCCCUUGCGCAACGGCGCGCUGUGGCGGUGCUGUUGGAGUCAAGCCGCUGCGGCCCUGGAGGCGUGUUGGAGCUUGCCUCCGCACCUGGCUGCUGUCAGGCCCUGUUGGACCUGGUCGCCAACAACAUGCCCGUACACAAUACCGUGUUCGAGGGGGGUCAGCAGCAACAGGAGCAGCAGCAGCAGCAGCCGUCAUCGCUGGUACGAGGCAGCCAGGCAGGGGUAGGCGCCGGAGCUUUGGGCGCGGCGGCGGUGCCGGAGGCGGCCCCCUUACCCGCUUCCUCCGCGGCUGCCGCUCCUCCGCCGGGUGAAGAACCCAGCCCCGGCGAUGGCGCGGCGGGUAAAGGCCUCCACCAGCAGCAGCAGCAGCAGCAGGGGGCGGCGGAUCGGGCGGCGGCUGCGGCUGCGGCGACGGCUCUGAACGCGUGGGAGGACCCCCACGAGGCGGCUCGGGCGGCAUGUAGCUUGUUGUGGCGCAUCAGCGGUGACAGUGAGGCGCGGCCGCUGCUGAUGUCCGGGACCAGUGCGCUGGUGCAGAUCCUCAUGGUCCUGCUGGGGAACCCCUCCGUGGCGCUUCGCAUGGCGGCCAGUGGGGCCUUAUUCAACCUCAGCCAGGAGCCCAGAGUCCAGUCGCAGCUCGUUAGCAGGGCGCAGCAUCAACAGCAGCAGUCCCACCAGCCGCCGCCGCCACAGCCGCCGCCGGUGCUAGACCACCUAUGGAAAUUCCAAGUUCUCUGCGGCGGGGCCGUCGCAGCGCUUGCCGCGCAUGCGCCGCUCGCCUCUUCCCUCCGCGGCAUGAGCAGCAGCGGCGCCGCCGCCGCCGGUGCCGCCACCACCGCCGGGGCCCCGUCAGCUGCAAGCCCUGCGGUGGCGCACGUGCUCAUGUCGGCGUUGUACAGCUACUGCUCCGAAGCCGACGGCGGCUGCAUUGCGGUGCUGGCGGCGAACCCUGGCGUCGCGGCGGCGUUGGCGUUGGCGUUAUCGUACGGCGCGAGGAUGCUGGGCGUGGAUGUCGACUUGGCGAUGCCGCACCCACACGUUCAGCCUUGGCCCGGUAUGGCAGGUUUAGGAGCUGGAAAUGGAGGUGCGGCGGCGGCUGCCGGUGUUGGUGGCGGCGGCGGCGGCGGCGGCGGCGGCAGCGGCGGAACGCCGGAAUCCAGCGUCCGUGGCGGGACCGCUGGCGGAGCUGCGGGGGCCCCUCAGGGGCAGAACUUGAAUGUUACGGUGGUGGUGGCGUCGAUGGAUUCUGGCGGCAGCCGCGGCAGCGGUGCCGCCGCUGGGUACGGCACGCUUGACGCUGCUGGGGCGCUGGGCGCCGCCGUCUAUGCCAUGCAUGUGAUGAGAGUUGUGGCCGCCAGCAACUUGGCGACAGAGGCACUGGUCGCAUCCGACUGCGGUGCUCUGCCUGUCGUCCGUACACUAUCGUACUUUCUAAUUCAUCGCAGCAUGGAUCAGACGUCACCGCUGGACGAGGAAGCUUUUGCCGUACAGGCCAUCGCCAGUGGCACUCUGGCGCGGCUGGCUGAGCAGCCUGCGGGGCGCGCUACUAGUGUCGUACGCGAGGCUCUUGCGCCGCCGCCGGAGGUGCUCUCCGCGAUGGCCCUGCUCCUGAUGCUGCCGCCAGCGCCGCCGCCGCCCCUAGUUUGGGGCGCAUCGGCGGGCGACACGGCGGCGGCGGCCAGCCGCAGCUUCGAGGCAUCUUUGCUGGCGGCGAUUGCGCAGUACGGCCCGUACAGCUACGAGAUGUUUACGCAGGUCAUCGUCAACACGCGGGGCGCGCUAGGGACCAUCAUCGCCCUGCUACCCGCCCCCACUGCUACAUCCACACGCGGAGAGCGCGACUCACAACAGCUACAGCAGCUGCAGCAGCAGCAGCUACAAUCCGCUACAGCUUCCGUAGAUCUUGGCGCUUCAAUCGGCUCCGUCGGCCGCGUUGUCGGCGGCGUCGGAGCGAGUGCUACUACUGCGUCGGCGUCGGCGGCGUCGUCGGGCACGCUGGUGACGGCGGUCCUGCCCGCAGCCGCGUCCGCCGACCCGUGGGUCACCGGCUGGCAAUCCCAGUGGCAGUGGCAGGCGGGGCUGCGGGUCAAGGUCCUUAAGCUGUUGUGCACCCUCACGACGCAGGUAAUAGGGCAGGGCUGGGCUGGAUAUGGUCAGCUCGGGGAGCCCUCCGUGCGCUCCGACCUGGCUGCGGAUUCCGGGUUGGUCGCCGCCCUGGCGCACUGCCUGGGGCCCCAGCAGCCGCCCGGGGUGGUGGCGGCGGCGCUGGAGUGGCUGGCCAUGCUGCUGCAGCACCCCGCAUUCGUGCACGACCGCAUGCAGGGACCCGUUGCCACGGAGUUUCUGGGCCGCGUGCUGGAGCUGCUACAGCUGCUGCCGCAUGUGGGUGCGGCGGCGACGGGUGUCGUACAAGAUCUGGCCGCUGGCCACCCGGCUGUAGCGGCCGCCGCGGCGGUCGUCCUGCAUCGCCUCGUGGCCGGCAGCCCCGCGCUCCGGAACCAGCUGUGUGCCAUACCGGGGCUGGUUUCGGCGCUGCUCCGCCAAGUGCACAGACUGCUGGAUCAAUUAGCGGCAGACAGCUACGUACUUCCAGCCGCCACCGCCACACGUCUUUCCUCCCUGCUAUCGGUGCUCUGCGUGCUGGCGGAGUCUGGGGAGCCAUCCGCCUUGGACGUCGCCCCCAUCCGCGUACUCUACCGCAAGCUGAGCACCACCAGCAGCAGCAACGGCCGGCGCUACCUUAAACGAUACUCCAGCACUGCCAGUGAUGCGUCGUACACCGCCGUCGCCGCCGCCGUCGCCGCCGCUGCAGGUGGCGGCGGCGGUGCCGUCGUUGGAUCGGGACCACAGCCCUCCUCCAGGAGCCACGCUGGUGAGCCCGGCGGCGGCGCGAGCGGCGGCGGCGGAUGUACGGACGCGGUACGGCAGAUGUUGGACACACCGUACUGCAUUGACGUGCUGUGUGAGGCCAUUGACGCGACACACGCAGUCGUGGAAGCGGAGGAGCGCGCGGUGCGGUCUAAGAGCUCCAGUGGCGCCGCCGCCGCCGCCGCUGCGGGCGCCAGCGGAAAGCUGUUGUCCGCGUACGGCAGCGCCAGCGCUGGACUUUCCCCGUCUGGUGACGGAGGUGGCGUGGCGGCCAGCCCGUCCAGAAACCCGUCUGCUGCUACUGCUACCGCUGCUACUGCUACCCCUUCCAACGCGCAAUCGGGAGUAACAAAACCUGUGCCGUACUUGCCGUACUCGACGGCGACCAGCGGCGCCUUGCCGUGGCCCCACCAGCCGGCGGAGGUACUCACAUGGCCCACCUUCGGCUUCGGCUUCGGCUUCGGCUUCGGCUGGAACAGCUGCGGCUGCCACGCCGCCUACAAAGACGGCGUCUCGGCGCUCCUUUGGGGUCCUGCGGCGGCGGCGGCGGCGGCGGCGGCGGCUGGCAACGCAUCCGGAGCAGCGGGGCCCCUGGAGCGCGCCAGCCCCUGCCAGGUCGUCGACAUCCGCCGCCAUGCCCUACGUGCCCUGCAGCGUCUUGUGGGGUACUGGUCGGUCACAGCGCGCAGCGAGGCGGAGCUGGCGGAUGCGGUGCCGGGGCUGCUGGCGGAGCUUGAGGCGGAGCUUGGUACGGCGACUCGUACGGCGGCGGCGGCGGCGCCGCCGCCGCCGUUUGGAGACCCUCGCGGCAUCGUCGGAUCGCAGGAUCGGGAGCAGCAGCAGCGGCAGGAGCCGCUUUCCUGUCGUACUGGUGGUGCUCGAUUAAGUCGUCUGGCUGGGACGCUGCCGCCGCUGCCGCAGCCCCUGCCGCCGCCGCUGGGUGACGUGGUCAUGUUGUCGUACGCUGGCGGCAAGGCCGCCGGGGGUGCUGGGGGCUCCACUUCCACCUCCACGGCCUGCAGCACCCCCCGUGACGGCGGCGGCUCCGGUGCUGGUUGCGAGCCGCACACGGCGGUUUUGAGGCGCGUUGUGCAGCCGUAUCAGAGUCUAUAUAUCCUCCAAGGAGGCAUCAGCUUCACUUCUGUUCACUUGGUGUGUUGCAAGCUGAUGGUCCGUUCUGAGUCUCCCCCUGAGCGCACCUCCGCCACCGCCGUGGUCGCCACCAUCAUGGGCCUCUCUGAGGAGAUGGCGGCGGUGCUGGCGCUCACCCUGCCGCAGCUGUUGGACAGGCUUUUGGACGUCAUGGGACUUCUGGCGGGUGGCGGCACCGCCGCCGCUGCAGGCACCCUCGUAGAUGCCGUUAACGGCGGCGGCGUCGGCGUCGGCGGCGUCGGUGUUGGCGUGUCCGUCGCCGCUGCUGCCGCCAGCGUUUUGCGGUUAGACAAGCCGGCCGCCGGUAGCGGCGCCGGCGGCAGUAGUAGCGCUGGCGGCGGUGCUGGCGGCGGCGCUGGCGGCGGCGGCGGCGGCGCCGAUGGCGUAGUAGCGGAGCUUCAGGACCGGCUACAGCUAGACGCGGAAGCGAGCUUGACGGCGCUGGAGGUGCUGCUACAGCUGGCACACAGCACCUGGACGCAGGCCCGGCUGGCCAACCACCCACGUCUGGCCGAGGCGCUGGACGCCCUGCUGGAGGCGGACGCGGUGGCCACCUUGAGAGCCCUCCUGGAAGCCCAACAGCAGCAACAACAACAGCAGCAGCAGCAGCCAGGUCAAGGCCAACAAGCUCCGCAGGGACAAGGACAGGCACCUGGGGGGCCCCAUGGGGGGGCCACGACAACGACAGCACACCAACAGCAGCAGCAGCAGCAGCAGCAACAGCAGCAGCAGGCGGGAGGUGGACUUCGGAACCAAGGCCCCGGCCCCGGGUCAAGCCAGCAGUCAUCACAACUGCCGCACCUGCCGCAGCUGCCGCCGUCUCAGAUAUCCGGAGGGGGAGGAGGGGGGGGUGGAGGGGGUGGAGCAGGGGGGGUUGAGGGGGUUGGAGCGCUGGGGGAGCCGCGAAGGAGUUCGGAGGCGGCUCGGGGCGCUGGGGAGGGUGCUGGAGGGCCUGGAGGAAGCGGCGGACUCAUCAACGCACUGGACUCCCUGGUCCGCGAGGGGGGUCGCGGUCCCCAGGGGCUCAGUCUGGGCCUUCAGGCGCUCUGGGUGCUGGUGGCCUCUCCAGGGGGGGCGGCGGCAGUGGGCGCCUCCGCCGUACCACGUAGCCUGGUGGCGGUGAUACGACAGGUCCAGGGAAGCCCGACGGCGGGAGGGCAGUCGGCCGGGCCGACGGGGGCGCUGGACAUGGGGAUUAGAACCCAGGCCGUGGGUGUGCUGGCGGCGCUGGUUCAAGGACUCGAGGGUAGCGGCGCGUCGUCCCUGGCUGCGGUGGAGGGCCUGGCGGCGGCGCUGCUCGAUGUCAUGGCGGCAGCGGCGGACCUGCUGGCUCGCUGUGUACGGCAGAGCGGCGGCAGCACCGGGCCCGUCGUACCGCCAUCUUCCUCCUCAACGGGCGGUGGCGGCGGUCAGGGAUCGUCGCCCAAGGCCGCCGCCGGCGGUCCCGGGGGGGGCGGCAGCAGUUGGGGGGUUCUUCAGAGCAGCAACGGUGAGUUGCCUGACGUAGCGUUGCUUGAUCAGGCAGCGCAUCAGCUGCUGUGGAGUGUGGCGGCGGUGGCGGUGCUGUCGCGGAGUGCGGCGGUGGCGGCUAGGUUCGCCAGCCUCAAGGCGCUACAGCCGGCGCUGCUGGCAGCCCUCAAAAUGCGACCGCUCGACAUACAGAGCUACGCAGCCGGUCUGGUCGGCAACCUGGCGGGUCAUAACGCCACCGCGGCGGUGAUCUCCGGGGUACGGGGCGUGGGUAAGGAGCUUGUACGGCAGCUGAGGGAGAGCCGGAUGGACCCAGAUGGGCCUUACAUGGAGCCCCUACUGGCUGCCAUCCGCAACCUGGCGAGCAGUGAGCGGGGGCGUCAGGAGCUGGCGUCGGACCCCGCUACCGUACCCACCCUGGUACGGCUGCUGACGGCGGCGGCGGCGACGACAGGAACUGGACAACACCCGUCCGCAGGGGGGUCAAUGCCGGCGGCAGUAGUCGAGGGCCAUCCCCCCGGCCUGCCGCCCCUGCUUCCUCAGAGCCCGGAGGCGUCUGCCCGGACGCAGGCAGUGCAGGUCUCCUAA